GAUACGCUCAGCUACAAAGAAAAGCUUCAUCUUCUUUGUUCUGCCAUCGUCUGUCUGCUUUUUGCUUCCUCUCUCUCUCGUCCACACUCUGUCUCAUACCGCCCUCUUUUGAAGUCACCUACGAAUACGAGCAUUCAACCCGACCAGCUGCGAUAGAUUAUCUCACGCUUCUCUCUCUGCAUCAACGACGUCACGGCCGUCCUCUUCGACUCGACCCGACUCGAUAUUUGUCCAUACGAACGAGCGGAACAAAGGACCGUUUACUUUUCUACAUCUCGACGGAAUAGAUAGGCCUCUACCGCCAUUCUUUCCUUCUGUCACAUCUCUAGAGCAGCGGAAUCCAAGCCCAUCCAUCAUCUCCCUGUGCAUUGCAUACAUACCACAACCAUCACCAUGUCCACCAAACGCAUCUCCAAGGAAUUCGCCGAAGUCUCCCAAACCCCCAUCGAAGGCUUCCUCGUCACGCUCCCCCCCAACAACUCCGUCCACACCUGGCACGUCACCCUCCAGCCCCCAGCCUCAACCACCUUCUACCCGGGCCGCUUCGGCAUCGUCCUCACCCUCCCCACCGACUACCCCUUCAAGCCCCCCGUCGUCAAGUUCGUCACCCGCGUCUACCACCCAAACAUCACAAACGACUCCCUCGGCAACGUCUGCCUCGCCAUCCUCAAGGCCGAGAACUGGAAGCCCAGCACAAAGAUUGCCUCUGUGCUCGAGGCCCUGCGCAACCUGCUUGUCGAGCCCCAGCCUGACGACCCGCUGGAGGAGCGCAUUGCUGACGAGUACCGCAACGACAGGGAGGCGUGGGAGGCAAAGGCGAAGGCUGCCGUCACUAAGUAUGCCCUCGAAGACCCCGUCUUUCCGGCAUCAUAAAAGGUUUUCUUUCUUCAAUUUUUUUUUCCGCAUUAUUACCAGAGCAGGAGGGGGGGGGG